CCUGCAUUAGAGGGGAACUGGGAGGGAGGGUUUUAGGGUUAUUCUGAAAUACACACUGCUCCUAAACUCCUCUGGGUCCUGCUGAAAUGGAGGGUCCUGCCUCGACGCUGUGCCUGAGGACUUGCUACAUAAAAGACUGCAAACCUCUCGGUGUCUCUGAAAAUCCACCUGAGCUGGGGCAACCCCCUCCCUCCAGGAGCUGCAGCUGCUCCCGCAGGAUUGUCCAGCCAGAGUGGUCAAACAAUGCCAGCAAGUGUGCCCUGCCCAUCAUCCCAGAAUAUCCAGGCUUCCAGGAUGUCAAGUUGUCAAAAAGUUACUUGGGAAGUCCUGCCUUCAACCACAUCUUCCAGGAUCUGGAAAGAGGGAAGAACUCCUCACCACGGCUCAGCACCUUCCCCAGGAGAGGCUCCUUGUCCCACUGCCUGGGGAGCUGCUGCUUGAAGGGCCACCAGCCCAGCAGCCCUGGCUUCCAGGACAAACCUCUGCAGGAGUACUUCAACGAGAGGCUGCUGGAGCUGGGGAGCUACGGCAGCAAGAGGUGCAGCAGGAGGAGCAAGGGGUUUGCAGAGAAGACGCAGGCGGCGAGAGGGAGCCGGCGCAGGAGCAGCUGCAGCGCCCUGCUGCUGCUGGGCCAUGCCACGGAGGGGGAGCAGCCCUGCAGUUCUGCAAACCAGCACUGCAACGGGGGCACCGAGUGCAAGGGCCAAAAGGAGAUCCACAACGUCCUCAAGAUCCUCACUGGGGACUUCUUGGACCCUCUGACGUUGCAGAUCGCUGCUCCUCUAGAGGCGUUUGUGCAAAAGAAGUGAUGCUGGAGCUGGUUGAGGAUUUUUGUGCAGUCCCAGGAAGAGUUGUUCCUGUUCAGCACCAUUCUGAUUUUAGCUCAUCUACACCAGUCCCCUCUGAAGCAGAAAGGUGCUUGUUUUGGGAUAGUUCUUGAUUAACAUUGCAUAUAUUUGUUUUCAAUUAUUCCCUGGGUAGAAUCAGCAUGAUUGAGCCAUAGGUGCAGCUUAUAGCAGUGUUCUAAAUACAUGCAUGUAUUGCUAGAAUACUUAAGUUGCCUUCAAAAAAGGUGAUUAGUAUCAGAGGAGUAGCUGGUUUCCUGCUGUGCAGUUUGUGUUAAUCAAUCUGAAGAAAGACUGUUAUAUUCUGCCUUGUUAUUUUGCUUGUUUAAAGCCUCUUGCUUUUAUGAUGUCACCGUGGCCCAACUAAUUUAUGUUCUUACUGUGAUUUCUUUCUGACAGAGAUGCAAACAGUUGAUGAAAAAUUACUGAUUUUCACUCAUUGCCUCAUGUAAUCACACUGCAAGAGUCUGAUGCAUGAAGAAGCAAACACAGACAUUACAUCUACUUUUAAAUAUGAUCAGCCAUUAUGGUUUUAUUUGCAGACUCAAACCCCCUUGUUUCAAAAACCACCACAAGAGCAAAGAGGAGAAAAAUGCUACAUUUAUGUUAGAAUGAUGGAAUUAAGUAUGAAAGAAGGCUCCUUCCCUCUUUCCUACUGUAAAUACAAGAACCACAUAGUGAAUUCCUGAUGUAAUCUGAACUCCAAAUUGUUUAUUGUAUUUUAAUGUUUAUCAUGGUCUUGUAAGUAUAAAAUGUCAGCUGCAGCUGAAUCUUUUUACUAUGGGAAAUGUCAGUGUUUAAUUCCACAGAGAACACCAGAUCCAAAACGAGGCAAUGAUUGUAAGCUUCCAGAAAGAUCUAUUACUGCCUGUGGUAUCAUCAGCAAUAAAUUCC